GGUAUUUUACUAGCUGUGUGCCAUGCCUUGGAGAACACAACAUCUGCCUUGAGUGGUCCCCCAGUGGCUGCCGCAGUCCGAUCCCAUUUUAACGACUGUCCCGACUCCCACAGUCAGUUCUGCUUCCACGGGACCUGCAGGUUUCUGGUGCAAGAGGAGAAGCCAGCAUGUGUCUGCCAUUCUGGGUUCGUCGGGACGCGAUGCGAACACGCAGACCUCCUUGCAGUGGUAGCUGCCAAUCAGAAGAAACAAACCAUCACUGCCUUAGUGGUGGUUUCAGUGGUAGCGUCCGUCGUCCUUAUUGUGGCUUGUGUACUAAUACACUGCUGUCAGAUAAGAAAACAUUGUGAGUGGUGCCGAGCCUUCAUCUGCAGACACGAGAAGCCCAGCGGGCUCCUGAAGGGGGGAACUUCCUGUUGCCGUUCAGAGACAGGUAGGAGGAACAAUUGUCGUACCAACGGCUUCCUUCUAAUAGUUUCAUUGGCUGGCCGCGGAGAUGGAGAUCCUGUUAAGGAGCUGAGUUCCGUUUAG